UUGUAUCAGUUUCUCAUCAUGGAGAAUAAAGGGAGCAGCGAGAUAGCAGCAUCUCGAAGACCCAAACAUCAUCAUGUGACCUCUGACCCCAGUAUCAGGAGUAAGAGAGCUUCAUCUCCAGAAUUCAGCUGUGUGUCUAUGAAGAGUAACGAAUCAAUAGGUCAUCCUCCUGACCUCAGUGAUGAAGCAGUGACCUCUGACCCCAGUAUCUCCAUGAGGGGGAGUCAGAGAGCUUCAUCUCCAGAACCCAGCUGUGUGUCUAUGAAGAGUAUCGAAUCAAUACAUCAACCUCCUGACCUCAGUGAUGAACCAGUGACCUCCGACCACAGUAGAGUGGAUAGAGACAGGAGCUUCUCACCAUUACAGUUCAGGCCCUCGGUCCCUCGCCUGACUAGCACCUUCACUCCCAUUAGGACGUCCCAGGAUAGACAUAAACUACUGAGUGUCAAAGACCAGCACAAAACCAGCAUGAAGAAGAAGUAUGAGAGAUUAUUUGAGGGAAUGAAACUCCAAGAGAAUGAAGCCCUCCUGAACAGGAUCUACACACAGCUCUACAUCAUAGAGGGAGAGAGUGAAGGGGUGAAUAAACAACAUGAGGUUUUACAGAUGGAGAAAACUGCCAGAACAAAAGACUCACAAGACACUCCAAUCUACUGCAACGACAUCUUUAGAGGCUCACCUGAACCAGGAAGUGAGGAGAAACAACAAAUCAAGACUGUUCUUACUAAAGGCAUCGCUGGAAUCGGAAAAACCAUCUCUGUACAGAAGUUCAUUCUGGACUGGGCUGAGGAAAAAGCCAAUCAGGAUGUAGAUUUCAUGUUUGUGCUUCCAUUUCGAGAGCUGAACUUGAUCCAAGAUCAUCAGUACAGUCUUCACAGACUCCUGCUGGACUUUCAUCCUGAACUUCAAGAUCUGGACACAAAGAUUUAUGAGGAGAGUAAAGUUGUGUUCAUCUUUGAUGGUCUGGAUGAAAGCAGAAUGACACUGAUGUUUUCAGACGCUCAGAAAGUUUCUGAUGUGACUGAGACUUCAUCAGUAGGUGUGUUGAUGUCAAAGCUCAUUAAAGGAGAGCUGCUUCCCUCUGCUCUUAUCUGGAUCACCUCCAGACCAGCAGCAGCCAAUCAGAUCCCCUCCAAAUACAUCAACCGUCUGACAGAGAUUCAGGGAUUCAAUGAGCCUCAGAAGGAGGAAUAUUUCAGGAAGAGAAUCAGUGAUGAGCAUCAAGCCAGCAGAAUCAUCUCACACAUCAGAAGAGCAAGAAGUCUCCACAUCAUGUGCCACAUACCCGUCUUCUGCUGGAUCUCAUCCACUGUUCUUCAGAAGCUCCUGAAAGAAGAUCUGAGUGCAGAAAUACCUCAAACUCUGACUGAAAUGUACAUCCACUUCCUGCUGAUUCAGAUCAACAUGAGGAAUCAGAAGUAUGAAGAGAGAUACCCAGAGAAACUGCUGCAGUCCAACAGAGAAGUGAUUGUGAAACUUGCUGAAGUGGCUUUCAAUCAGCUGAUGAAGGGCAAUGUGAUGUUCUAUGAGGAGGACCUGAGAGAGAGUGGCAUAGACGUCACUGACGCCUCAGUGUAUUCUGGGAUUUGCACUGAGAUCUUUAAGGAGGAAUCUGUGAUUCAUCAGAGGAAAAUCUACAGCUUCAUUCAUCUGAGCAUUCAGGAGUUUCUCGCUGCGUUCUAUGUGCUUUACUGCCAUUUAACAAAUAACAAGCAAACGCUGCAGUUUCUAGGUGAAAAAUAUAAACAUGACCAUGAAUAUGACUCUGAGAGUGAUUAUGACUUUGAAUAUGAUUUUGACUGUGAAUAUGGAUAUAAUAAGCACACAUCUGAUGAAGACUCUAUUUAUGAUCUUCUAACAUCAGCAGUAGAUAAAGCCCUCAAGAGUGAGAAUGGACAGCUGGAUCUGUUCCUGCGGUUCCUGCUGGGCAUCUCACUGGAGUCCAAUCAGAGACUCUUACAGGAUCUACUGACUCACACAGAGAAAAGCUCAGAGAGCAUCAGAGAAACCAUACAGUACAUUAAAGACAAGAUCAAAGAUCCAAAUGAUCAUCUCUCAUCUGACCAAUCAAUAAAUCUGUUCCUCUGUCUGCUGGAAGUCAAAGAUCAGUCUCUGUCCAGAGAGAUUCAGGAGUUUGUGAAAUUAGACAAACACUCAGAGAAGAAACUCACUCCUGCUCACUGCUCAACAAUCGCCUACAUGCUUCAGAUGUCAGAGGAAGUGCUGGAUGAGCUGAACUCCAUAAAAUACAACACAUCAGAUGAGGGUAGAAGAAGACUGAUACCAGCUGUGAUCAACUGCAGAAAAGCUCUUCUUUCUGGCUGUAAUCUCACUGUUCAGGAUUCUGAAAUACUGUCAUCAGCUCUUCAGUCCUUAAACUGUUUCCUGAGGGAGCUGGAUCUAAGUAACAAUGACCUGGAUUCAGGAGUGAAGCUGAUCUCUGAUGGACUGAAGAGUCCAAACUGUCAGCUGCAGAUACUGAGUCUCUCUGGAUGUAAUCUCACUGCUCAGCAUUGUGAAAGAGUGUCAUCAGCUCUUCAAUCCUCAAAUGGUGUCCUGAAACAGCUGGACCUGAGGAACAAUGACCUGAGGGAUUCAGGAGUGAAGUUACUCUCAGAUGGACUGAAGAGUCCGAACUGUGAGCUGCAGAUACUAAAUAUUUCUGGCUGUAAUCUCACUGGUCAGUCUUGUGAGAGUUUGUCAUCAGCUCUUCAAUCCUCACACUGUGUCUUGAGAGAGCUGGACCUGAGUAACAAUGACCUGCAGGACUCAGGAGUGAAGCUGCUUGGACUGAAGAGUCCAAACUGUGAGCUGCAGAUACUGAGGUUGUCUGGCUGCAUGGUGACAGAGGAAGGUUGUGGUUUUGUGUCUUCAGCUCUGAGUUCAAACCCCUCACACCUGAGAGAGCUGGAUCUGAGCUACAAUCACCCAGGAGAUUCAGGAGUCAAGCUGCUCUCAGACAAACUGGACCAUCCAAACUGCUCACUGCAGAGACUUGAUGUGGAUCAUGGAGGAGAGAUCAUGAUGACAGCAGGACUACGAAAGUAUGCCUGUGAUCUCACACUGGAUCCAAACACAGCAUACACUCAUCUCAUUCUGUCUGAGGAGAACAGGAAGGUGACAUAUGGGAAAGAGAAACAUUCAUAUCCUGAUCAUCCAGAGAGAUUUGAUGAGAUUCCUCAGGUUCUGUGUGGAGAGAGUCUGACUGGACGCUGUUACUGGGAGGCUGAAUGGAGCGGAGGUGCUCAUAUAUCUGUGACAUAUAAAGGAAUCAGCAGGAAAGGAGGGAGAGACGAUUGUGCGUUUGGAUUGAAUGACAAAUCCUGGAAUCUGUUCUGCUCCAAAAAAGGAUUCACUGUCUGGCACGAUAAUAACAAGACUGAUAUUCCUGCCAUUCAUUCAUCCUCUAAUAGAGCAGGAGUGUAUAUGGACGUGACAGCUGGCACUCUUUCCUUCUACAGCGUCUCUGACACACACACACUCACACACUUAAACACACUCAACACCACAUUCACUGAACCCCUCUUUGCUGGAUUUAGGGUUUUUGAUAAUUCUUCAGUGUCUCUGUGUCAGAUUAAACAACAGACACGCACUUGAAAAUCAUCUAACAUCGACAUGCACAAAAAGUCAUCAACUCUCACAUAAUAACAUUUGUAUUAUUUCAUUUUUAUUUAAUGUUUUUCAUUGUCAUCCAGAAGAACUUAAUCUAGAUCAGACACACAAACUCUUAUGUACAAAACACAGUAAUAAAGUAAUUCCAUUCUUUCAGGAGCUUCAGAGCUCAAUCUGCUGCCUUUAUUACUAAAAAAUCCUCUUUUGAAAUGAUUGUCUUUUAUCAUUUAUUAUGUCUCCACAAGCACAACAGCUUUAUAUGACAGGAGCAACACACCAGCUGUGCCUCAGCUGAAACUAAAAGAUCUCUAUUAAUGAAAGUGCUAAAGUAAAGCUAAUAUUUGUGUGUAUUUAUAAUCAAAGACUGACAGGUGUUCUGGGUCAUUUGACAAACUGAAAUGUGUGAAAUAUUUCUGAUCAUAAAGAAUCUUUCUCUGAUUACACAAAAUCAUCUGGAAGGAAGACAUCAAAUAUCAGUGGUCUGACUGCAUAGAGGUGUUUAUGUUUUACGUCUCUGCAUCAUAAUGCAGUCAGGACUCUCUGUGUCUUGCGCCCAUUUAAACAAGGUUUUGUCCAGCAAAAGCUUUUUUUAAGAGAUAUAAAUCAGGCAUUGAUGAAUAUUGCUCAUGUUAAUUCCUCAGCUGCAAAUACUGAUCACUUGUUUUAGAACAUAUGCAGAAAUUUGGUCAAAAAGUUUGUUUAUUCAAUCUUUUAGUUUUAAAGAUGGGUUUUUGGAAUGUUCGAUUACUCAAAAGAAAGAGAAGGAAAGUACUAUAAAGUUAAUUUAUGUUUCUUCAGGCAACAUAUAUACAAAUGUGAAUAUUGUGGAGCUAAGCCUUUCUUUUCUUUUGCAGAGAGACUCCACCCACACUCCCUUCUGAUUGGCUGUGAUUUGUAAUUGAUUUGAAGCUUAAAUAAAAUACAACUCUUUCUAUUUUAUUUAAAAAGUUUUUCCCUGAGAGUUUGUUUGCAAGAGCAAAAUUAUCAACUGUUCAGUGUUGAUGUUUAAUUACAUCUGUAGUCCAAUUUAGCCACUUGAUAGAAACUGCCUUCUCAAAACAAGUAAGAGCUUUAAAAAACCACAAGAGGGAAAUACUGUUGUAUUUCAUGUUGUAGAAUAAAACAUUAAAAUAUCUUGAGCUUGUGUUCAGACCUUAUUUCAGGCAUUUCACCAAAUACUCAUUGACUUCAGGACGAUGAACCGGAAGUGCUAAAAUGCUCAUUUCCAGGUGUUGGACUACAAAAAUACAUAAUCCCUACACUCUAUUAUU